UAGGGCUUUGGAUAGGAGGAGGAGGAAGAGGAAGAUGACGAGCUAGUACAAUUAGCCUAACAAGGGACGGGUGGCGGCGGCGGCAGCAGCAGCAGGCGCGGUGGCGGCAGCUUUUACCCGGGCCACUGACAUGUCUUCUUUCCGCCGGCGAUGAAGGGGGACGCUGCAGAGUUGAGCGGAAAAGUCCGCCAGGAUCUUCUUUUCUCCCUCAUGGCAGCUUCUUGAAAAGUGGGAGAAAUCCCUUUUCCUCCCACUCUGCUUUCCUACCAAGGACCCCAUUGUGGAGACGGGACUUGGCUCGGAUUUGUGUAUACACUUGGGUCUUUUUUUUUUUUUCUCCUGUUCUUAGGAGGUGGAUAUCUAUACACGUAUUCUUUUGCUUUUUUAUUUUUUAUUUCGAGGGAUAUUAUUGUUUUUUUGGGAAGGGGGGAAGGGAGCGCAUGUGGGAAGCGGCUGUUUUUUGUUUCCCCCUCUCCCCUCUUUUGUCCCCUCUCGCGCGUGUCUGUGGUUUUUGGUGGCUCCCCUCAAUGUGGACUCCCGCGGAUUUGUUCUUCCUUUGUAACUGGGAUAUGAAAUAAUGGCGACCCGAUGGGCAACGGGACCACCCGGGGGAGAUGGAGACACCCCCCAGCCCCAAGGCGCCACGAGCUGCGGCCAGGGAUCGAAAAAUAAAGAUGGACAGGAACAGAUCGAAGCCAUCUCAUUUGGAGAGGAAGAAGAAACAUUCUCUUUGCCUGGCCUCAAAACUGUAGUUUUACGAAGAUCCAUACAUGGUUUUGGCUUCACUUUGAGGCAUUUUAUUGUUUACCCUCCAGAGUCUGCUGUUCAGUCUUCCUUAAGGGAUGAAGAGAAUGAAAAUAACAGUGGAAUACCAAGAAGCAGAUUGGAGCCUAUGGAUACCAUGUUUAUUAAGCAGGUUAAGGAAGGUUUGCCUGCUUUUGAAGCUGGAUUAUGCACAGGUGACCGAAUAAUAAAAGUAAAUGGAGAAAGUGUUAUAGGGAAGACAUAUUCCCAAAUAAUUGCUUUAAUUCAGAACAGUGACGAUGUAUUGGAACUUAGUGUUAUGCCAAAAGAUGAGGACAUCCUUCAGCUGGCAUAUUCCCAUGAUGCCUACCUGAGAGGUAAUGAAGCCUACAGUGGCAAUGCCCACAAUAUCCCUGAACCACCACCAAUAUGUUAUCCCCGCCUAAAGUCCACAGCUUCUGUCAUGGCACAGCCUUUUGAGAAAGCACCUUCUGACUCUUCACUGGGAAAGCAGCAAACUAGUAGAUCUGCUCGAACGUCAGCACAACCAGAUAAGGCCUGCAUAAUGGAAAUACAAGUGCCUCCAUCCCCAGCAGAAAUUGCAAAAUCCAACACAGCUGUCUGUGUUUUCAAUGAGACUGUAAGAACUGUUGUUGUGCCUUCUGAGAAGGCUGUAGACUUGCCAUCCUGUAGAACAAAUCAUACCGGUCCAACACACUGGACGGAAGAAAUGAGAUAUGGUUUAAAGGAACAAACCACUCUAAAAACAAAAGCACGAACCACAUCACCACCCUCUUCAGUGACUACUGCCAUUGUACUUCCUCAGACUCCACUUACAAGGCCAUUAGAUCCCGCUAGAGUGGUUAGCAAAUCUGGAAGCUGCGGAGGGCAUCCAGAAGGAAUCUCAAAUUCUAGACCUGCUCAAACAGCAGGUAUGCCAUCAAUCACUACUAAUCAUUAUACUUCUCCAAAUGCCCACCGACACAUUGACUGGAAAAACUACAAAACUUACAAAGAAUAUAUUGAUAAUAGACGUUUGCACAUGUAUGGUUGCCGAACAAUACAGGAAAGACUAGAUAGUUUAAGGGCAGCAUCUCAAAACACAAUAGAUUACAACCAAGUGGUACCAAUUCGCAGUUGUCCACAGGUACGACGGAGGAGCACCUCUCAUGAUAGGAUUCUGCAAUCUGUUCAAGUCCGACAAAGGAGCAUGUCCCAGGAGAGACUUGAGGAUCCUGUAUCAAUGAAAGAUUGGCCAAGAAGUGUCUCGCAGGAUGCUCUAACCUCGCCAAAUGUCAGCUCCCAAAGACCUAGGACACGGUCCUGGGACUUUUUAGGAAAGCAGGGUGAAACAUUAGAAAACUUCCACUCAGAGAAUCUUGUAGAUUUAAGCAGAGAAAGAAGUAAGAGUUACAAAUGGUCUGGAUUUACCAAACCAGAUGAUCGCCGAGGUAUUUAUGAGAGAUCUCGACCUCAUGCAUUUCACAUGUCUCUUCCUAGUUCGCCUUUGGUUCCAGGUGCUUGUAGUCCAGACAGUCGGAGAAGUAGAUCUACAGGGCCUGCCUCGCAGUUCCAAAAGGUCUCACCUGAUGUAAAACCGCUGCAGCAUCUCAGAGACUUGCCAGUAGCUGUUGGGGCUUCAAAGGCUGCCAGCAUUUUUCAGGAAGGAUCACCUCAUGUAACAGCUAGAAGCACAAGAAGCAGUUCUUUUAAAACUUCUGUACCCUAUGCAGCAAAACCAUCACUCCCCCUUAAUCAGAGUCGAGAUAAUGUUACUGCCAACGACCAAAGAGAAGUAAAUCAUAUAAAUCACAGUGGUUUAUUAGAUGAGCAGUCAAGAAUGCAUGUGGAAAGUGUACCAGACCACAAAACAGAACUAGGCAUGAGCACCCUAUCCCCUACUUCCUGUAUAGCUGCAGCCAAAUUUGUCCCUCAGAUUCAUGAGCACUUAACUACCUCUGUUAAUUUAGAUGUCUCUGUUAAAGAGAUGGUUCAAGAUGAAAGUGCAAAAGAGGCAAGGAUGCAGGCAACAGACAAUGUACCUGAGGAUGCAGAAGCAGUUACCUUGCGAGAAAAGUCUCCUUCUGGCCAUCAGACACCGCAGCCUUUGCGGCAUCAGUCCUACAUUUUAGCUGUAAAUGAUCAAGAGCCUGUCCCUGACACUAUUUGUUGGUUACCCAAUGAUGCACGUCGAGAGGUCAAUAUAAAAAUAAUAGAAGAAAGGAAAGGCAUUGGUUCCAGCCCUCCAGGAGACUCGUUGGCAUCGAUUCCAUUUAUUGAUGAACCAACUAGCCCUAGCAUUGACCACGAGGUUGCCCACAUUCCAGCCUCUGCUGUUAUUUCAGCAUCUUCCUCACGAGCACCCACCAUCACAACUGUCCCUCCUAGCCCCACUUCUCUUGUCCCUUUAAUUCGACGUCAGCUGUCACAUGACCAUGAGUGUCUGAGGACCGAUAUUGAAGAUGACCAAUUUACUUCUAAAAAUGAGAGAUCGAAAUCUUAUGAUGAAGGACUGGAUGAUUAUAGAGAAGGAAAAGUGUCUCUAAAGCAUGUAGCUAACUUCAAAGGAAUCAAGGCCCCAGACAGCCAAACAUCAUCAGAAAACUCAGGGUCCAGAACAGCUUCUUCAGAGGUCUUUGGCGAUGUCACCAAGGAAGGAUGUCUCUAUUUUCGACAGCUUGUCACAGACAAGGGAAAGAGAGUUGGAGGGAGUAUCCGGCCAUGGAAACAGAUGCAUGUCAUUCUUAAAGGCUGUUCCCUCUACUUGUACAAGGAUAGAAAAGAGCAAACGGUUCCAUCUGAAGAUGAACUGCCAAUCAGUAUCAAUGCUUGUUUGAUAGACAUUUCAUACAGCGAAACGAAGAGGAAAAAUGUAUUUCGACUUACCACCUCAAACUGCGAAUACCUGUUUCAGGCUGAAGACAGAGAUGACAUGUUGGCAUGGAUUAAGGCUAUACAAGAGAACAGCAAUUUAAAUGAGGAGAACACCGGUGUGACCAGCAGGGACCUAAUCAGCCGAAGGAUUAAUAAGUACAGCACAAUGAUGAGUGCUUCUAGCGGCAAAACAGAGCCAUCCCCCAAAACACCUCGUCAGAGCUUAAGCAUCAAGCAGACAUUCCUUGGUGCUAAAACUGAGCAAAGGACCCAAAUACCACAUUUUCCAAAGGAGGAAUCUGAAAGGAAGUUUGUUCCUAAAGAAAAAGAUGAGACAAGUCCACCAAAAGACAAAGGUACAUGGCGAAAAAACAUUCCCAAUAUCAUGAGAAAACCAUUUGAAAAGAAGCCAUCUGUAGCUGGGACCUUUGGAGUCAGACUGGAUGAUUGUCCCCCGGCUCAAAGCAAUAAGUAUAUUCCUCUUAUUGUUGAUGUAUGCUGCAAGCUUGUUGAAGAGAGAGGUCUUGAAUAUACAGGUAUUUACAGGGUUCCUGGAAAUAAUGCUGCUAUCUCAAGCAUGCAAGAAGAGCUCAACAAAGGAGUGACUGAAAUUGACAUUCAUGAUGAUAAAUGGCGAGACUUGAAUGUUAUAAGUAGUUUACUGAAAUCGUUCUUCAGGAAGCUUCCGGAACCACUCUUCACUAAUGACAAAUAUGCAGAUUUCAUAGAUGCAAACAGAAAAGAAGAUCCUGUGGAACGACUGAAGACACUUAAAAGGCUGAUCCAUGAUUUACCGGAACACCAUUAUGAAACACUCAAAUUUCUGUCUGCACAUCUAAAGACUGUAGCUGAAAAUUCGGAGAAGAACAAGAUGGAACCAAGAAACCUGGCAAUAGUAUUUGGUCCAACUCUUGUGAGAACAUCUGAAGAUAACAUGACGAACAUGGUUACCCAUAUGCCUGAUCAAUACAAAAUCGUAGAAACACUUAUCCAAAAACAUGACUGGUUUUUCGCAGAAGAUGAUGAAGAACCUCUUACAGCAAUUCAGGAGGAAAACACUGUAGAAUCUCAGCCAGUGCCAAACAUAGAUCAUUUACUCACCAACAUUGGAAGGACGGGAGUAUCUCCAGGAGACGUAUCAGAUUCAACUACUAGUGACUCUACAAAAUCUAAGGGUUCUUGGGGAACCGGAAGGGAUCAGUAUAGCAGGGAACUGCUUAAGUCUUCCCUCUUUGUAUCAGCUAGCCGCAAGCGGAAAAAAACAAAAGAGAAACGGCAUCCCAGCAGCUCUGAAGAUGAGUUUGAUAAUGUGUUUUUCAAGAAGGAGCCAGCGAAACACUGUCCCAGUGGCUCAGCUAAAGAGGACAUGCCUAAAGAUGAGGUAGAGAAGAAGAUGGGUGGGAGAAAACAGACAGCAGCAGUUCUGAAAGAGAACAGUGUUAGAAAAUCUUCUGCACCAAGCAGAGAUGAAAAAGUGUUGCCAAGGAAAGAGAGGGCACAAUCAGAGGAUCCCUCAUCAACUUUCCACCAAAAAUCUAUGAGAUCUCCAAAUCUCAGCUUUCGGAUGAGUACACCUACGGAUUGCAGAAAACCUCCGGUCUUGGAGGCCUCUACUCAGAUGGACGAAACAGUCUUGGACUUGGGUACCAGGUUCAGCAAUUCUGGCCCGGCUUCUCUGCAGAGGUUCACCAGUAAGAAACUGGCCCACCCUGAAAACAAAUGCAGUGAGGUCUUAAGAGCUGAUGUCAGCUCCAUCACUUCAGAUUACUCGACAAUCUCAUCAACUACGUACCUAACCGGCUUGGAUCCCACUGUGCUGAUCUCUGAAAUGCAGUCAGUGAUGGAAAGCAAAGGAGAAGAGGCUGAUGACGAGAGAAGCGAAUUGAUUAGUGAAGGUCAUCCCGUGGAAACAGACAGUGAGAGUGACUUCUCUGUGUUUGCAUCCAGUUCAGCUGUGGAGAGACUGUUCAGGGGGAAGAUGCCAGGCGUGGUGAAAGGCAGCCGGAGGAACUCUGAAGAAAGCGAAGUAAGUUGCACCGAGGGAAGCUUGACACCAAAGUUGGACAGCCGCAGACUGUUCAGUUCACACAAACUGAUUGAAUGUGAUACACUUUCUAGGAAAAAGUCAGCCAGACACAAGGCUGACAGCGAAAGCUGUGGAUAUGCCAAGUGUGAGAAGGAGCUGUCAUCAGUGACCAAAAUGUUUGACAUGAAGAAAGGAAAGUCAACCAGCAGCUUGGCAACCUCACCCAGAAGUGAACCUGAAAAGCAGGAACCUACUUGGAGACUGAAGAUUACUGACAGGCUCAAACUAAGGCUUAAGGCCUCAGCAGAUGAUAUGUUUGGAGUGGGCAAUCAAAAAUCAAACUCUGCAGAGACUGCCAAGAGAAAGAACAUCAGGAGAAGGCAUACAUUAGGAGGACAGAGGGAUUUUGCUGAGAUCAGUGUUUUGAAUGCCUGGAAAGUGCAAGAGAAAAAUCCAAACAGGGAGGAAGACUGUUCAGCAGUGAACCGGCUGAAGCCCAAAUGUCCAGCACAGGACCUCUCAAUUUCAGACUGGCUUGCACGAGAACGUUUACGCACGAGCACAACUGACCUUAAUACGGGUGAAAGUGGGAAACCCCAACAGGAGAACACUAGCUUAGCAGGUGCAUCGAAGAUCGAGCUCUCUUUGCCUGCAGAGAAGCACGCAGAGGACAGCAGUAGUUCUGGUAGUUUCACUCUGGUUCCUAGAGCCUCAGUGUCGGGACCACCCCAGCCUCCACUAGAUCACAUCAAUGGAGAAGGCUACCAGAAUGUGAACAAAGGUAGCUUCAGUCCAGUAGUUGAUGCCCAUCCUCAUAAAUUAUCUGUGACCCAAGCGAUUAGAUCUCGGUUUCAUCAGUUUAUUUGAAAUGGAGCAGUAAAUGUCCACUUCAGCAAUUCAACAGUGGCCUCACUGUUAAUGUGUCCCCAAUUGUUCUGUAUAUGUUUCUUUUCUGUACAGUAUUAUUUUGCAGUUAUCAGAUGAGGGUUGAUUUCACCAGUAUGCACCGUGGAAGAGUCUUUACAGAACAGUAAUACUACAGAACAAUUUGGGGUGGGCAGGGAUGGGAGAGAAAGUUUAGAAGAGAUAUAUAUAUAUAUAUAUAAAAAAAAUAAAUAUAUAUAUAUGAAUAAAUAUAUUUUAAAGAAAAGUAUAUUUAAUUGCUGCAUACAAAUGUUGAACAAAGCAUCUAAUGCAAAAUAUGUAAUGUGUACACGGUUUUUAUGACUGACAAUUGGCAUUAGUAUGCAGGAAAAAUGUUGUUUUGGGUUUAGUCACUAACAAGUGCCUCAUUGGGGGGGGAGUUCAUUUGGUUUGUUAGGGUGCCAUAAUAGCUGUUAAAUUAGAUAAUAUAAGCAAAUGCAUAUGACUGGUAAGUUGUUUCAUGACAUUUUAAAAAUUUUUAGCACAGAUGGGUACAGAGCUUCCAUUCUUUAGGCAUUCCAGUUGGAUUUCUGAGUUUUAUAUUCCAACUUUAAUACAGUUUUUUGAGUUUUAUGUGACUUGAAUUUUUAAUCUUUCUGUAAAAAUAAGUAACUUAAAUGUACAUACGCCAUCUGUAUCUUUUCCUCAGAUACCAGAUUUGAUAUAAAUGUUGUUACAUAGGCGUGUAGAUAGUGAAUCCUUGAGGAAACUGGUUUCUUUUAUUGAGAAUAUAAUUCUGCAUGAAGACUUUUAAUGACUCCAAACCUGUAUUAUGCCUUUGUGCAUACCCACUUAAAACACUGGAAAUAAAAUUGUUUUGGUUUGA